AUGGCGCAAAAUGUUCCAGAAUUUAAACUGAUUUUGGUCGGUGACGGUGGUGUAGGGAAGACUACAUUUGUUAAACGCCACUUAACUGGCGAAUUUGAGAAGAAAUAUGUUGCCACACUUGGCGUUGAAGUCCAUCCGCUGACUUUUCACACCAACUUCGGCCCGAUUCGUUUUAAUUGCUGGGACACAGCAGGUCAAGAAAAGUUUGGUGGUCUUCGUGACGGUUAUUAUAUUCAAGGCCAAUGCGCCAUUAUCAUGUUCGACGUGACAUCUCGUAUUACCUACAAGAACGUUCCUAAUUGGCACAGAGAUCUGUUUCGUGUAUGCGAGAACAUUCCUAUCGUGCUGUGUGGUAACAAAGUCGAAGUCAAAGACCGAAAAGUGAAAGCUAAGCAGAUCACUUUCCAUCGUAAAAAGAAUUUACAGUAUUUUGACAUCUCGGCCAAGUCCAACUACCAGUUUGAAAAGCCAUUCCUUUGGCUUGCUCGCAAGCUUGUUGGUGAUAAUAAUUUGACCUUUGUAGAGGCUCCCGCCCUUCGCCCGCCUGAGGUCACUAUUACCCAGGAACAGAUCGCCCAGAUUGAGGCUGACGCCAGCUCUGCCGCUGCUGCGGUUCCCCUUCCCGAUGAGGAUGAGGAUCUAUAA